AUCUUCAGGUGAGGCCAGUCAGGGUUAAUAUACUGACAGGUAAUCAGUCUCACAGAGUUUGCACAUUCAACAAACUCAAAGGUUUUGGUCCAUCCAUAUGGACACAAUGCAGGCUACAAUUGAGAGUUAUUUUUUUAUAUUGCACUUUAUUAAUUUAUUGAUUGGUGAGAAAUACAGUUUCUCUAUUCCUGCUUUUUGGUUUUCAUUUAAAUAAAAUAUUCUGGCUUGUUCAUUUAUGUAUCAAUGAAUUUUCUUAUUUCAUUUUAUUUAAUUUCAUCUUAAUUUUUAUCUUAGUUCAUUUGAACUUAUUACAUUUUGUUGUCUUUAUUUUGAUUUUUUUAUAUGCAUUUUAUAUUUAGAGUUUUUUUAUUUUUUAAAUUAAAUUUGACUUAUUUGAUUAAUGUUAUUUUGCCCUGGCUUUUGCUCUUAUCUUUAGAUUAUCUUUAGAGUUAAAUGUAUUUAUUUAUUAAUAUUUAAUUAUCAUAUCUUUUUUUUUUUUUCACAUUUCAAAUUUUUUCAUUAUUUCAUUGGCUCAAAUUUUUCGAUAAAAAUGGUCAAAUAUAGUAAAAUUUAAUUCGUAAUUUUUUUUCUAUUUUAUUAAAUUUUACUUGGCUUUAGGUGUUUUAAAUCUUUUUGCUCCGGUUUCUGCUGGAGUUCCUCUGAGCCCGAGGCGUGACGUCACUCUCCCAGAAUGCAUGGCUUCCAGCGCGGCGCCCAGCAGUCCAGGCCCGGACUCUGAGAAACAUCUCUAAAAACUUGACCCAAAAUGCUGAUGUGGAAGCGGAAUGGAGGCUGGACGGAGAACUGGACGGAGGCACAGUCGGUAAGUUGGUGAAACGUUGAGUUUGUGUCCGUGAACUCGAGCUGCAGUUGAUCUCCGCUCGGUAAAAACAUGGAGGAGUUAGUUAGUUAGCUCCCCGCAAGACAAACUCCGAUACAACUUCGUGAAGCGCUCAUCUUUUGUUUUUUAACCACCAUGCUGACCCGGUUAACUCUCUAACUUCACUAAAGGCUUUUCUAACUCUACCCAGAGGCGUUACUCGAUAUAUGACCCAUUGAUCACAGCGCAAACCUCCAAGAAUUUAACCUUAUUUGGCCUCCACCGCCGAAAUAAGUGAGCACAGCCUGGCUAGCAGUCCAAAUUAGCCCCGGUGUGGUAAUGACCCCGUCCCACUACUCUCCACUAGCUUACACGUCGUGUCCUAGCUCAAAAUCCCUUUAGAUAUUGUGCAAAUAGUGAAAUACUUUUUCUAAAUCCAGCAUUGGACGCAUUCCCACAGUUAGCUAAACUUUCUUUGCAAAGUUGAAGCAGAAAAAGUGAGGGGAUGAGAGCUUCAUGGCAGCUCCAUGUCGAGGACCCACAAGAUGGCACUACCAGCUCCCAUCACCUCACUGCUCAUGUGGGCUCGGAUUGAGUUUUCUUAUCAUUUCCACUGCUCUCAGUAUAUUUAUUAUGACUUUAAAGACUGUCGUUAAGUUAGAAAUGAACGGGAAACAGAAACACCUUUCUCAGAUAUAAAAACUAACAUAGAAAAAACACAAUUUUAAGAUAAGUUGCAUGACGAGCUUCGAUUUCUAACUGUGGAAACGCAGGCGAAUUACAUUUUCCAGAUUUCAGGAGCUGUGCUGCGUUCACAGGUAUGAAGUAUUUGUUAAAGUUGUGCAAUACCGCAAAGGUGUCUCUGCCCUGAACCUGUUUUGUAAAAAAAAAUGUAUUUGUAAAGCACCUGAUGAUAGCUCUCUGAGCUGCCCUUCACAUCUAUCCUCAUGUCAACAUAAUGCAGUCCGUAAAUGUUUUUUUAAGACUUAAUUCAGCAAUAAUCAGAAAGAAUAAUAUAAAAUAAAAAACAUGAUGAGAAUUUGAAUCUGUUCUGAAAUACGAGUGAAGUACUGUGAUUUUGCAACUGCGUCUUGAAUUAUGUCGUCUAAAUGUAAAAAACAAAUCGACUGAAAUCAUAAUGCAAACUUACAACAGAAGAAAUACUUUCUUCAGGAGAGGUGCAUGAUAGAUUUAAAUAUUUUUGAAGUUACUGUCAAGGCGGCCACACUACUAAAAUUGCAGGGGAUGCAAUUUGCUGACAAAAAGUCAAUAAAAUAUCUAUUCGUAGUCAAACUACUGAGUAAAAACUGAAAUAACAUCACAAUUUAAAAGCCUUUAUUUUUAUGUGUUUAUGUUUAAUAUCUGGACAGUGCCAGUCACUAAGCAGCCAUGCAUCCAUACAUUGUAAGUAGAGAUAGACUAAUUAAUAGGGCCGAUCAAUGUUAUUUUCAAAUAAUCAACAUCGUUCUGUAUCUGGGCUCACAAGGUCAAUUUUAAAUAUGAACAAAUCAUGUCUGCAGACACUGCGAUAACCCUUUCAGUGAAGCUGUAGUCAAGCAAAGCUGUCCCCUGAAAUUAUGGCUCGUUAAAUGACAGCAAAUCAAUUUAUUACUGACAAGUGUUAGAUGUGUAUUCUGUCAUGAUUUAUAGAAAAAUGAAGUUAGAUAUUUCCACUGGCUUAAAUAUGUCCUGUUCUGACAUCUGUAACUUAGCACAGUGCAUUACAUUUUUCAUUCCCUGACUUCAUUCACACUGGCACAUAUUUUCUUGGGUAUGACAACCAUAGAUAUAUGACGGUCAAGUGCAUGGAAUAGUGUCUUUUUUAUUGAAGUUAAAUCAUAUAUUGUGAAAUAAAAACAAAACAAAACAAAAAAACACCAAGAAUGUAAUAUCAGCAUUAAGUAUCCGCCAACCUGCUCUGAGACUGUUGAUAUUGGCUUUUAAAAGCUCAUAUCGUCCAAUCGCUAAUUGUUACUUAACAUCAAUUUCAUGUGUUUUCUUAAUAUCUUGACAUAAUAUCACAGAUGAUCGUAGAGGCAGAAACAAAACUAAAAAGAGAAAAAGUAAAGACGCAGGUGUAACAUACUAUGAUAGUUUGGACAGUGUUUGUUUUAUAAUCCAUUUACUGGGUUAUGUCUGUCCUUUUAAUACGAUGAUACAAAAAUCAAACUAUAUGUGUGAAAAUGAUCCUUUUUAAGAUAGUGAUGCAGGUGUUCACUCCUGUCAAAGACAGAUUCCCAAUUCUGAGGGAUGGUCCUGCACAGAGUGUUAAUUAUUGAUGGAUUGCUGGUCUCAACCCUGGCAGGUUUAAAUACUUCAUGUACACUCUUGAGUGGUUUAAAAUAGAGGACAUCAUUUAUUUAUAAGCUCAGUUUAUGUUUUGUCUGUCAAAUCAAUUAGACUUCUGCAGCCAGAAAUCACAAGUGUGUGUGGCGGUGCACUUAAAACACCAAAUGAAGUGUUCCGGCAUCAGGUAUUUUUUGUUGUAUCCGUUGUCUUUCCAUUCAUUGGCUUCUUUUGAACAUGGGUUUAAUCGGCUCAAAUAAGCCAGGACUAGCUUGCUGAUUAAUGUUAUGGAUGUUAUGGCAAAGAUCAUCAUCACAAUUAUUUUGAUUGAUUAUUGAAAAUGAUAACCAUGAUUUGACAUCUACAGCACUCUCAUUUAAAUAACUUCAAAGCUCUUUAAAACUUCUACUGUCUGAAUACAAGUGGUCAAAUAAACAGAUUUGAUCAAGUUUUUGGUUUCCUAAAGCAUGUCUGUCAGUCUAACUAGAUUAGAUAAAAAUCAUAUGUACUACUUCUGAAAGCAACCAUGCAUCGCUUUAUCGUUUUGACUUAUUGUGGUGAUAAUACUCACUGAAUUAAAUACCAGAUUUCACUUGUAAAGUAUUUUAACACUGUGUCAUAAAAAAUGGAAAGAUUUGAGCCUCUUAUACUGCUAAGGUAAGGCUGCAGAUUUAAAAUCAUUCAGUGUUUCAAAGCUUUUAUUUAUCUCCAUUUAUAUAAUUCAGACUUCAGCUUUUAGUUAAUUAUGAUUCUGAACGAUGUCCUUCACUUAUCAGCUUGGCAGUUGUUGGCUUGCUAGUGCUUGUGAUCAUUACAGUCUCUUUCUCAUUAUGCUCAUUGUGCCCUUUGGCUUUUCAGACACACACAGAUACAUGCGCACCUGUCUCCCCUUGCUCCUCUCCCUGCUCUCCUCUUUCCUUUUCCUGCUCCUUUCCCUGCUCUCCCCUCUCCACCUGUGGCUGCCUGAUAGUUUGCACUGCUGUAGCACACCGUGUUGGAAGAUACAGUGGUCUACUAUUUAUCUUAGUGAACCCCUGUAUCUUGGUGGGGGUUGGGGUGGCGGCUAAGUAAUCAACUGUGUGAUCACAGAUGACAACUGGCCAAAGCUAAAACUUGGUGUGCGCGCCCUGUGGUGCAGCAUAUACUGAUACUGAAUCCGAGGUGGUGCCACUUAAACAACCCCCCAUAAUUUUAAGGUGUGGCAGCUAUUAUUUAGCCGUGGCGGUGCGCUGUGAUAAAUUACAUUUAGGGGAAACCCUGUAUUAAUAGAGUUGACUGCUUUUUGUAUGUGCUGAUCUAAAAUAAAAUGUUAUGCAUGAAUGUUCCCAUACAAUAUAGAUAUGGGCUAUCGGUCUCAUAUCAGCAAAAAAAAUGAACAUGGGAUUAUAACGGCCUGCAUCUAAAAUACUGAUAUCAGCACUCCUAUACAAGCAGCCCAUUCCAGACUCCACUCAAGCACUGCUAUCUAUCGUGCCUUAAUCCAGCAAGCUGAGCCCACAGAAUCACAACAACAGUGUGUACUAAGGUACUAACAAAGUAGCAAGGAGUAAGAAUGAUGUCGGCCUUGUGGCAGUAUUUUUCAUUUAAGUCCGAAAAAGACGUUGCAGCUGAGUGCAAAACUUGUCAUGUACAAUUUUGUGCCAAUAUCAGAUCAGUAUUGGUAUCCACUAAUACUGAUGGCUACAAUAUCUGUAUCGUAUUGGAGGUAAAAAAGUUGUAUCAGGACACCCCUAGUUAUGCAAGUCAUCCAAUCAGAAAUAAAACAAAUCUGAAUCUAAGAUGAAUAAAGUAAUGAACUUUUUGAAUGACAUGCUUCUAAGUUAAGACAGCACAGGAGUAACUUUUUAGCUCGACUACCUCACAACAGAUUUCAGAUUUGAAUACCAACAGUCUUAAAACUAAAGGCUAAUGUUGACAACUUGAUUGUCAGUCAAAGGUUAGAGAAAAAAACAAACAAGAAAGACAAAGCAGGGAUUGGUUUUGUAUAAGUUGUUCCUCAUUUUCCUUGAUUUUUAAAUAUAAUUAUUUAGCCCGACUCUGAAUGCUACAGAAAAUCACAGCAAGAGAAUUUCUGAUGCACUUCAGUAUUGUAAAGUCUAGUGUUUAUUCAAGUUGCUUUGCUUUCCCUCCAACAACCACAACAUUUAGAAACUUAAUGUUUGUUUGUAGAUAUGAUUUAAUAUUAAAUAAUACAACAGCUAUUCUGGUAUGGUAUUAAAAACACUAAGUGAGAGCUGUGACCUUUAACUGAAGCAUAUUAAGAGAAGAGAUACCCAUUGCUUGAAUGAGUUAACUGAUAUGCUGUAGUUGUCAGACUCUUUUUGUCCAUCCUGCAUGCUUCCUACUGUGCCUUUCUAUUGAUGACAGCGAGUAUCAUUUGCUCAAAGUGACAGUUUUUCUUUGUGUUUGCAGGUCUGUAAAGAUGUUGAUCUGCCUCUGUGAUUCAGCUGCUGUUUCUGUGGCGUUCAGGGCCGCUGAAUACUAAAAUAGACUGCAGGCCAACACAAGAGCUCUUCUCAGGGAACACACAGACCCAGUCACUGCUUCCAAAGCUCCUCAUCACCGCAGCCCUUUUGGGGUUGCUAUGGCAGCUGCUGUCACAGAGACCAAGUGCUGGACACAGGCUUGCCCCAGUAAGGCAGGACAGACCACUAGUCAUUGCAGCAAGAGACCAUCAAACAGUCAACAAACAGCACUUAGCAUUAAUUCUAGCACUCUAAGUUAACAAAACGACCAGAGGUCUGCAGGCUGAUGGUCCGCUCUCUGGAGAAUCCUCAUGAGUCUUGUCUGUGUCUGCUCCGGCUCUUGGCCAGAGUCCCCGUGCACCAGCAGAGCCAGUACUGUUCCUUCUGUUAGACCAUGUUCCACCAGCAGGACCAUCUGAAGAGCCAGCUGCAGGAGAGCCACCCAGCCAGCAGACAGCUCUUCCACUGUCAGGAGUGUGGGAAGCAGUACAACACCCAGCUGGGUUAUAGACGCCACCUGGUGGCAGCCCACAGCGCCUCAGCUAACCUGCCCUGUCCAGAGGGGGCGCCUUCCCUGCUGGAGCACCUGGGCAGCCAUAUUGACCGGCCUCCACCGUCAGAGGGAAACACUAACGCUGCUGUUCCGGUGAGAGAGAGGAAAUACUCAUGUGAGCGAUGCGACCGCCGCUUUUAUACCCGUAAGGAUGUCAGACGUCACGCAGUGGUGCACACCGGGCGCCGUGACUUCCUUUGCCCGCGCUGUGCACAGCGUUUUGGCCGCAGAGACCACCUGACCCGCCACCUGAAGAAGAGUCAUGCUCAGGAGUCAGGGGUGAUACCACCUUGUGCGCCCAGCACUCCUGUGGCUACGCCCACCCCUGCUGCUCAGUGCCCGGUGAAGGAGGAGCCCAGCCCUGUGACCUCUGACAUGGGUGCCGUCUCCAAGGAGCACAUGGAGAAUUACUCCAGGGACAUGUACAACUCCUACCCCAUAGCCAAUCCUGUCCCCGGGUUGGGGCACCCUCAUGGCCUCAUGCAAGGCUCCUUGCCCUCGAGCAUGGGUGUGAGUCGCCACAUGUCCCCGCAGCCCUCUCACCCGCACCACCACCACCUGCAGCCCCCGGUGGCUCCACAGCAGCAGCCCUACGGCAACAUGGCCAGGUACCAGCAUGGAUCUACCUCAUAUCCUCGCGCCGACGUGGACAGCUUCCUGCUGGAUCUGCAGAGCGCCCCCCCACCUCACCUGAGUGUGGCCAACUCCUCUACCUCUACUUCUGCCUCUCCUCAGAGGGAGGUUCUGGGUGAAGGGGUGGGUGCCAGUGGCGACCCCCACCUACUGUCCAGGAGUCCGGCUAUCUCCUCGACCGAGCUGUCCUGCACCACUAACAUGGACCUCGGGCCUCUCCUGGGUUUUCUUCCUUUCAGCCUGCCGCCCUACAGCCCCCACAUGGGCAUGGGAGGGCUAGUGAUGAGCUAUCCACCCGCCACCACCGCCACUUCCUCUCCAUCCUCUUCCACAGGGCUGUCCUCUCAGGCCCCAGGGCCUUUCUCCUUCUUCCAGCCUCCCCAGGCCCACGUACCCCAGGGCCCCGGAGCCCACAACCACAGCCAGCUACCUCAGGCAUACAGCAGUUCUGCUAUGAGCACUUCCAGCUCCCUACCUCACUACUACCAGGCCUUUCAGCAGUAAGCAGCUCUGUCCCCAUUAAAGUUGCCUUCAAGUAAGCUCAUGGAUUUUUCAAGAAAAAGGGUAAAACAUGAGAACGGCAUUUUUAUUUGUAAAACAAGUGUGUAACUUUAGCCUGUCAGUGCUAAUGAUGCUAAUCUUAGUUGUUUUUGUUUUGUUAAACACAACAAAUCACCUCAUCAGUAUUACCUCAUUAUUUAAAAAAGGAAGCUUGAACCUUUGUGGAAAUGUAGAUAAUCUCACUUCAACCAAAAUAGAGUAGUACCUUUUUUUGUUAGACCUGUUACCUUCAGUGGACACACUUAAAAUUCAUCACAGAUGCUGCACAAUGCUGAACUCCAACACUUUUAUGAUAUCAUGAAAUUCCACAGUGUUGGGAAAUUUUUUUUAUCCAGUUUUGUGUCAUUUUUAAAAAAAACUCACCUUGCUUUUCUUUUAAAAAAAAUACUGGACCACAAACAGCCUUACAAAAAAAGACAAAGAGAUGGUGUUGUAGAUGCACUCAGCUUUGUUGAGUGCAUGCAAAAGGACUGAAAAUGCAAUCUCAGUAGCAUUGUAAACUCAUUUUAAAUAUGCAGACAUGCAGCAAUGCUUCAGCUGAUGUGUGAUCACACAUGAGUAGUCAGCUAUUCAAAAUGUUAUUCUCAACAAUGCUCAAAAAUUGAGUAAAUUAAACCCUUUCCUGAAGAAUCCAGGACCAGGCCCUGUUAGAGUAUAGACUAUUUUAAGUCUCUACGGUGGGCAAUAACAAUUACAGUUAAUACCUGUUAUGUCAGGCUGCAUUUACUGAAUCUUAAAGAUACUGUAAGCUGUAUAGGAUACUGUAAACCCCUUUAUUCAAACUAUUAUGAACUUAAAAGGCAUUUAAGUAACAUCAGAAUCUGAAAAUCUGAUGUCCCUCUUUGGAAAAAGAUAACGGCACAGCUCUUGUUGCCAGAAAUCUAUAUUUGAAUCCCUUAGGAUAUUUAGUUGGUGACAAGCUCUAAUGCUACUUUUAUCCUCUUUUUAUUGCUGUAUUAGGUAGCAUUACUAGAUUAAAAGGCACUUAUGUUUCAUUUCCAACAUGGCAGGGGAUGCCAAAUCACAUGAAGCUUUUGCAGUAGUCACCGCUCUGCUGCUCUCCAUGAGUGAAAACGUUUGUUGGCUAGAAUAUGUGAUGCCGUUCAGACAGAUCAGUGUUGCAUAAAAAAGUGUUUUUGAUCUGUGCUCAGUUUUGACAGACUCUACAUAGAUAUAUGUAUCACUCAAAACAAAAAACCUUUAACUUUGAUUUGUCAUAACUCAUCCGUUUCUCCUCACGUAGCAUCCUCUAAGCCUCGUGCCUUUCUGUCUGAACGGGACCACAGGGAGCAGUUAGCAGCUGUUUUUUGAUGUAUGAUCCUUGAAAUCCACUUUGUCACAAGGUCAUAAAGAAAUGCUCAGAUGCCCUCUCUGUGUGAAAACCAGGUCACUGAUCUCAGGGCUGCCACUUGCCCCCUAGAAGUACACGCACUUGUCCUUUAAUUUAGUCGAAGGAAUAAGACAUUCCACAGAAACUAUGCUCAGACACCCGUAAAAUUUGUCAUGACGAAAUCGGCAACAUUUUUUGUUUGGGCAAAGCUGUAUUUGAUGGAGGAGAAAGAAAAUAAACGAAUCUAUUCUGACUUGUAAUGUUUCAGCAGUGAUGCUAACACUUUGGCCCACUCCCAGUUCCCUUCUUUUGUCCUUGCCCUUCCACUUUGCGCUCUGCUGCACAGAACAGAGUCCUGUCAUCAGGGCGUUUGGUAAAUGUGGCCACAAAGUUCUCCAGAUGGCCUCUGAUAUGCAGCAUUUUUUAGAUCUGGACCCGAAACAAAGUGGUAGAAGAAAACUCGGAAUGCAACCUGACAAGAAUCCAGUGAGAAAAAGAUCACCACUACCAGUACAGAGAUAGAAGCUCUUUUUUUCUAGAUAAUCAUGUUGACUUUUUCAGUUUAACCACUAACUACCAGUACAGGCACAUCAAAUUUGAUCCAGAUCAUGAAACAACUCUUUUAAAGAGGUUCUUUUUACCUUAAAAACGGAGCUCUGAGAAAAAACUGAUUUUUAACUGACAGGAUAGUUAAUUACGUUCAGGCUUGAUGAAUCUGAAGGAACUCAACCAGCUGUGUCCUGUUUACUAAGAACAAUGUUCACAACAUAGUCCAAUUUACUUCAGAGGCAGAGGUAGAAACGUCCCUGGAAGAUUGCUAAUUGGCACGUGUACUCAGUCCUGGACCAGGCAUUUGAUUGAUAUGUUAAAUUACAAAAUUUAGGUGUGCAAUUAAAGUUGUUUUUACACAUGCACUCAAGAAAAUUCUAGAUGUUUUCAAGAGCUCUGUCCCUUGAAAAUGUCAAAAUUUGCUUUAUAAAACACAUUCUGCUAAUGGUGUGAGGGAACCGCUGUCAGAUAUGGAGGGGUGGUUGGCUGAGGAGGAUGGGACCCUUGCUAGAUUUGACAGUGAAAGCAUGUCGUUAAGGCCCUAGUUCAAUAUUUAUGUCUGUGGUGACAGUUUUUGCAUUUAUAUCAAUGCACAGAUUUGCAGACAUUUCUGCUGCUCUUGGCUUGUUCUUCGUUUUUAAUGAACUGGAUCUGCUCUCAGCAAUUUUACCAGCAAGCAGGCAGGAAAAAAUCUGGUUAAAGUCAGGUUUAAGUUUUUAGCUGCUUGUGUUUUUAAACGUGCCCACCCCAAAGAUCAGAAAAAAAUCACAACUUUUGUGCAUGUGUGAAUACAGUUUCGAUGGACCUUGCAGUACCUUAAACUUGGUUCAAGAGAAAUUCAACAAAUUAUUAGCUAAGUUAAACUACCCACAUAGGUAUUUCUACAGCUUCUGUACCUGAAAAGGCUUCCUACUUACUUAAAACCCAUCCCUCCACACAAGAUAUGUAUCUUUAUCAGUCUGCAUUCUCCUCCAUCUCUGCAUUUUGGGCUUUGUCAGGUGGCAACCCUGGCUUAAUGAUGUGACCUGAGCGACACAUGAAGAUUUUUGAUUUAGGCUCAUAAUCUUUUACCUGUUACCUGUUUUGACCUUCUCAAACUGGACCACUGGAUCUGAGCAUUUUCUUACUGUGACCUGCUAGCUGUGAAUUUCUGACUUUUUCCUACUAAAUAGAAAGCACCAUCAAUUUUCCAAAGGCCUUGCAGAGCACUUCUAUCCCCUUUUCUUCUCAGUGUAACUAAAUGCCGCUGUUGGUAUUGACACCCAUUCCUUUAAGGCUCUGGUGUUGUUGGAUGUCAAGAGUUUCUGAUGAAAUUAGGACUUAAAAAAAGCGCCCCCAAUCCCUGCUCCCUACCUUCCCUCUCAUCCUGGCCUCCUCUGCUCAAAGCCAGGGAUGGAGAGGAGUUAAGGAACUAUUGAUCAAGGUUCCCUCAACAGAGUCACUCUGCAGCAUGACACGAGAAUUGGAUCUUACCCAGCAGCCUUCCAAUAAUGGACGCUCCACUCAAGAAAUUGGUCAAGUGUAGUGGAGAUGGAGGAGCCCUAAAGCUGGAUAAUGUGAGUGAGUGAUUUGAUGUUGGAAAGAAGAUAUUCAGAAAAAGAGAAUCGGAUGAUUCUCCAUCUUCUGCCUUAAUUCCAUGAACUGUUUGUUGAAGGACUUCUCUCGCUAGCAUAGAAACCAGCCUCCAAGUGUUGCACCAAUGUCUUAAAAUGCUACUGUUGUGCCUCUCUAAGAGUGUCUAACUCUCGACUGGGUUUAAGCACUUAUAACAUUUUCUAGAAAAGGAUGAAUUUGAUCUGUACCUCAAACACGCAGAACUGUGGGUUUCUGUUUUUAUUUGUUUUUGCUUUUAGUUUUUUUUUGGCUCCUACUUGUGCCAUUAGAUUGAAACUAUAAAAGGUAGAUUUUAUGAAUCUAAACUCUUUAUCUAGCAGCAGACAUUGACAUUAUAAUUCAGUCAAACUUUCUACCUCUCUACCUUGUCAUAUAUCUUUCUGCAAAAAAAAAAAAAAUCAUUAAGAUAGUUUUAACCUGUAACAAUUUGGCAGUUUCACCACGUUUGAACAUGGGGAUGUGUUCAAUAGUUCAACUUUGAAGGGACCAGGUACGCAUGAGUCCUGGUGGUGUAUUCCAGAGUCAAACAUUGUUCUAUUCUUGCCUUUAAUGAUAUUUCUACUUAUUUACUACCUCAGAGAAGAGACAGGCAACUGUCCAUCUAACUGCAGAGAAAAUGUCUGUGUAGAGUUUUAUUUUUGUCAGAGGAAGCACAUGUACUUUGUAGCUCCAUAGUUUUUUACUGAGAUUAGCUCACAGCCGGAUGAUGUGUCUAGCGCAACAAGUACCAGUUACACUGCAUUUGUGAUGUUAUAACACUGUGUCUCUGCCUCUUCAGUCUGGAAUGCUAACUGUUUAUGAAUCAGGGCCUCUCUCUGGAAAAACUUCCCAGUUGUGUGCUGGAAUGUGUAGAAAACACUUUGGUAUCCUGGAUAUUCAACUGGGGCUGAGUCCACCAGCUGGCUGUACUUCUAGACAUGAAACCUACGGCUGGCUUACACUUCAGCCCUAACCAUUUAAAACAUUCCGUACUGAUCUUCAUGAAACCGCUCUGCUGUGCUUUAGUCAAAUAUGAUAUAGAUUAAGCAGCUGUUGGAUCCAGCUCUUUUGUUUCUUUCAUCUUUAUGACUUCAGAAGGAGUGCAGAUGGUCAGAGAUGGACCAUUUACAGAGAUCAGGGUUGUUUAAUUUUACAUUUUGUGUUUUUUUUUUUCAUUUUUUCCCACUGUUUUUGUUACACAGGUGGUGUCCCCACUUCAAACAGAGCAUGAGUUUGUACAAUAAGACUGUGUGUCUUGUCUGCAGCUUCAUUAAUACAGUGAAAUUAAGCUAAGAGAGAGUCCCAAAUUCUAUCAACUAUAUUUUACUCAUUUCGGUUUCAUGUCCUGAAUUCAACUCUGGGACUGCCUGUGUCUCACCACCAGUAUUUUGCCUUUUGGUUCACCUCCCGUAGAUAAUAUGGUGGUGAGGACAGUGUAUAGCAGUGUGAAACUUGGAAUUCACCCCUCUGCAAACAUUCACAUGGAUAGUCAUGAUAUACCCUUACACAGGUUUGACUGGUCAGGCUUGAUGUACUUGGUGCAAGUUCAAGUCAAAGAGCCGUUUGUUGUCAAGUCCAGUUAAAGAGAAGUCUUGUUUACACCCAGUCGGUGCGCUCUGUCCCUGAAAACAACAUCGUCUUAUUUACUUCAACAUAAAUGCCCAACUCUCUCUGGUAUCAGCCCCUCACUGACAUGAUUUUUUUAAACUUUUGUGAGUGAAUUUUUCUACAAAAAAAGCACAUGGAGCAUUUCACUUUAAGCUCUGGAAAUGAUGCUUAUCAUUUCUUAUACUUGACUGACAUUUUAAAAACUGUUUUAGCACUUGAAAAAAUAACCUGGCAGGAGGGUUUACCUGUAGCACUCCGGGCAUCAUGUUUACAUAGACUUGAUACCUGCAGGUGAAUCCAGGAUUUGUAGUUGAAAGACAAGAUCAUGGGUGGGAUUACAGCUGUGGUGAAGAGUUUGAUUUCCCAUUUUUAUGUUGUUUAGCACAUGGAACUGGUGUGAAGGGGUAGAAGUCAUACCAGAGGAUUGAUAGAUUUAGAGAAAUGUGAUAUUGGAGGUCUUUUUCUGUGUCGAACCUUCAGUAUUGGUUUGAGCCAUUAUCACCAUCUCUACCCAGACGUAAAUAUGCAAAUGUUAGCUGUUUAUGAACCAAACCUGAAAUGACAGAAGUAAUUUCAGUCUCUUUUAUGCUGUAUGUUUAAUUUGUUUUGGUUUGCUGACAAAAUACUUCUCAUUAAAGAAAAAAAAGAAGUGUUUUCAAUACCAGCAAACCCAGUAAAUAAGUCCCCCAGUUGGUUGUCCAGGCCAAGGUUUGACUGAUUCUGCCUUAAGGAUUUUUAAAAUGAGGCUGUUUUCCUUGAACACAACAUAUCUUGAAGCAUCCCAGGCUGAAUGCAGAGGCACAGAAGAUAUCAGGAUUCAUUUCACUAAGUAAUCGGUCAGUACUGUGUCGCCUGCAUUUAGGUUGGCUCUGAGAACCACUACAAUGCAGGCUUCGCCACCUUUUAAUUUAGAUAAGUUUUGCAUUAGGUGUUUGUAUUAUCACUUAAUAGGUUAGAAGACAGUUGAAAGAAAAGGAGUUGUCAUUUUCUGAUUGUCUGAACAUAAAGUAAUACAAAAUAAAGAAAUCUUUAGAUUUA